AAUUUCCCUCAAAACCUAACUGUAAAUUCUAAGCGCUGCACAAAUUUGCUGCUCCUUCAGCGAAACGUUUUUUAGAUUGGUUUGCUAUAUUUGUUAAUGUUUGCCUGCAUAUUAAAAUGACUUCGUUUAGCUCAGCUGGUGCAUUGAUGCCUCUUGAUGUGUAUUAUGAUCACUGUGUGCUCCCAAAACCAAAUAUACCCAAACGCUAUCCGGGAGUAAUUGGUAACGCAAAGAAAAAACGCGAGGCAGCUCGUUUACAAUCAUACAAGGACAAUGCAGAGGAUGAUGAUGAUGAGGAAAUAGAGGAGGAUGAGGAGGAAAUGGAAGUGGAGCGAAAACAUGUUGAUGAGUUUGAUUCUUCAAUACAGGAUUCCAACAUGAAUCAAAUUGACUAUGAGACAAAUGAAUUUAAUAUGUUGUACGAAGAGACCAAGGAUGUAAAGGACAAAAUUGAUCAAAAUCCCGCUACUGCCGUGUCAGAAACACCUGCUGGUUCAGCUCAGUGGCGGAUUCAGCCCAAUAAUGUGAAUAGGCCGCCUGGAGCCGCUCCCUUGAUUCCCACGAAUGCACCGCGCGGUAAUCUCCAAUCGGCUGCUGGACGCGCUGGUCGCGGUAUCCGAAAAAAGCGCUUCUAUCCUAAUAACAACAAUAAUAAUAAUAAUCGCAACAAUUCGCCGAAUUCUGUACACAAUCGAUUGGGAUACAAUGCGCAGCGUGGAAGGUUUCCAAUGCGAAACAACAACAAUCUAUUUAACAAUAGCAACAACAAUCCAUUUAACAACAACAACAACAAUAACACUAAUAAUAAUAAUUAUAAUGGCAACCCGCAGCAGCAGGUAUUAAUGAAUAUGAACAAUCAGUUUCAGAAUGGCCAAGCACAGAUUAAUCUGAGCAGCCAAAUGAAUUCAAUGCAGCAGCAUUGUCAGUCACAGAUUAAUCCAAUAAUUGGCAGACAGUUUACCAGUUACAUGAAUCCGAAUUCGAAUUCAAAUGAGUUCAACAAUAGUUCCAACAACUUGAUCAGUUCCAAUUCAGUUACUUCGCUGGUCAGUUCAGCCAAUCAAAUUGGAAAUUGUUCUUAUAAUCAUAACAAUGCGCUCAGUCGCCUUGGGCCUCAAUCACGCAGCAUUCCCCAAUCGGUUAACUUGUCAUACGGUAAUAUGAUUCAGCCGAAUUGUAAUUCUCAAUUGCAAUGUGUUCCGAAUAGGAAUAAUGGUAUAGCUGUUUCGGAUUCGUUGCGUCUGGCGGACUUGAUGAACAUGGAUAAGAACAGCUGCAAGAACCUAAAUGUGGCUGAGGUGGCCAAGAAUGCCAUGUUGUUGUUGAGUAGUGUUUACCACAAACCCAUUUUAAAUGAGGACGUGCAGCAGGAGCUUUCGCAUCUGCAGCAAAAUAAUGGGCUGCCUGAAGAACCAUAUGGAUUAGAAAUGGAAAUAAAGCCGGAAUUCACCGAUCAACGUUUUUAUCAUCGUUUCAAAUAGACAGACAGACAGGCAGAAUGGUCACCCUAAACACAUAUAAGUGAGAAUAGUUUAUAGUAUAAGAAGAAGAAGAAGCUGUCAAUGUGUGAAUGGCAAUUCACACAGGCACACAAACACACACCCGAUUUGAAGAGAAGUAUUUGUGCUUUUGUUUUAUUAUUAUUUUUCUGGCUGAUAAGAAAAAACGCCGUGCCGCUUAUCAGCAAUGCACAACAAGAAAUCAACUGACAGCGAGAUGUGAGAUGUGAAGCGAAAGCGAACGAAAAUAGAAACAAAAGGCGAUAAAUGACGGCUAAAGCAAAAAUUUAUAUACACGACGACGAUGUGAGGCACAAAAGCUAAAACGAACGUAAUAACAAUCAAACAGUUAAUCUAAUAGAGACUAAGAACGUGGACGUUAUUUAAAAUGAUCAAUGGCAACGGAUAGCGAAUGUAAUCAGUGUGAUAAUUGAUCCAGUUUUAGUUCAAUAAUAACCUCUAAUCUAAACGAAUUUAAUGCAAA